AUUGAUUGACCUUCCUGAAAUGUGGCUAAGAAGUGAACAUGUUGGAAGACGGCUCCGAGGCCGUAUUAAUUCUACUGCUUCAUUCAGGGCGAAGGUUCCAGGACGGAUUCAAGGAGGUGUAAGGAAAGUUCCAGCGGUUAAUAAUAGCAGUCAGAGGCGGGCUCCAAAAAUCGACAAUCCUUCGACAUCAUCUGCGAGCGUAGUAAAUGAAGAAGCAUCCUUGAACUUACAACUAGAAAGCUCCAAAAAUGUGACCAAGAAAGAUCAAGACACUCUAUCAAAUCGGCUUAUAAACGAGUUGCUCCCUACGACAAUCGAGGAGAGCGUUGAUUUGUCUUGUUUAUUGCAGGAAGAAGCAAACUUGGAUUUAAAUAUCGACACCACUUCCCAAGUCUUGUCAGUAGUUGACAUAUUAUCAUUGCAUUAUUCAGCUAUCUGCAACAACACCGACAUUAGUAAUUGCAAUGACAAUGACGACAAUGACAAUGAAGACUACGACAGCGAGGUUGUUGCUGGCAGCGACAUGACGAACAUAGUAACUCAAGAGUCUCAGGAUGAUUGGCUGCCAUUCGACCCUUACGUGUUUAUCAAACACUUGCCGCCUCUGACGCCAGCAAUGCGAGCUCGCUGUCCAGCUCUGCCUCUGAAGACCCGCAGCUGUCCGGAGUUCAGUCUGGUCCUGGACUUGGACGAGACUCUGGUCCACUGCAGCUUACAGGAGCUCUCAGACGCGGCUUUCAGGUUCCCAGUGGUUUUCCAAGACGUCACUUACACUGUUUUUGUCAGAACUCGUCCUUAUUUUAGGGAGUUCCUGGAACAUGUCUCGAAUUUGUAUGAAGUAAUUUUAUUCACUGCGAGCAAGAGGGUCUAUGCUAAUAAAUUGAUGAACUUACUUGACCCCACGAGGAAGUUGAUCAAGUACAGACUGUUUAGAGAGCACUGUGUUUGUGUUAAUGGUAAUUAUAUCAAAGAUUUGUCCAUUUUGGGAAGAGAUCUGUCAAAGACGGUCAUUAUUGAUAACAGUCCGCAGGCGUUUGGGUAUCAAUUGGAAAAUGGUAUUCCUAUUGAGAGCUGGUUCGCCGACCGCUCUGAUAGCGAGUUGAUUAAACUAUUACCCUUCUUGGAGAACUUGGUUAUUUCUGGGGGAGAUGUCAGGCCACAUAUUAGAAAUGAAUUUAGAUUAUUUAGCUUUUUACCUCCGGAU